GCUAACUAUUAUCAUCAUCUUAAGCAAUUAACUAAUCACUUAACCCCAUCAAAUUAUCUUGAAAAUUGAUAACUGAAUGGUGAAAUCCAGAAAAUCAUCUGAUUUAUCAUCCUCUUUUUCGUUAUCUUCGUCUAAUUCGUCGCCAAAGUACAAAGGAGUGCGUAAGAGAAAAUGGGGAAAAUGGGUUUCUGAAGUUAGAUUACCCAAUAGUAGAGAAAGGAUUUGGUUGGGUUCUUAUGAUACAGCCGAGAAAGCUGCCAGGGCAUUCGACGCAGCCCAAUUUUGCUUGCGUGGCGAUCCUGCCAAAUUCAUGAAUUUCCCGGAUAAUCCGCCCGAAAUUAUUAACGGAAGGUUUAUGAGUGCCGCCGAAAUACAGGUGGCCGCUGCCCGGUUUGCCAACUUGAAUCCGGAGCCCCGGGAUAGCAUUUCGGGUCCUUUAGAUAAUUCCGAUCUUUCUUCUAUAUCGUCAUCCUCUUCUUUAUUGUUACACCUGGAGUGUCAAUCUAAUUCGGUGGUCCAAGCAGAUGGUGAGAUGACCGAAAUGACCCUUGAUUCUGGAUUUGCAGAUAUGUUUCUCUCGUUAGAAACUGCCAAUAACAACGAGUAUGACCUUGGGAUGUUUUCGGGAUUUGAUGAUCUCGCCGGUGACUUUUUAAUACCGCCGUUGCCCAAUAUCGACCCUGACGAAGACAACUAUGAUGGGUUCUCUUCACAGGGAUCAUUACUUUGGAACUUCUGAAAGUUUUUUAAAGAUUUUUUGGGCAAAGGUGUAACAAUUCUAGAUUUUUUUUUGGCUCUAGAAAUGCUGCCUCUUUUGUCCUUUUUAAAUUUAGGAAUAUUCUUUUAUUUCCUUUUUAGUUCUAUGUGGCCAUCAAGAAUUUUGUAUAGUAGGCUCCAUGGGUUCAUUUUGUGGUACAAAUCAAUAUACAAUAAAAGUUAUAAGCAAAUGAGAUUUUCUAUGUCUUUUGUGAAUCAUCCAAUUUGUUUUGCUUCUUACCAUGUAAAUGAAAUUACAUCUGGUACCAUGACACAUAUAUAUUGAUUUUUUCAAGCUUUGCAA